GUUAAAAUAUGGAUAGAAAUGGGAGUCCGUUUUCUUUAACUGGAACCUAAUAUUCUAAUGAUCUACAAAACGAAGCGAUUGAAAGAAAGAGAAAUAUGGCGGACAAAGAGAAAAUGGUAUACGAUUCUUCAUCGUCUUCUCGUGAUCAGAGCAACGUAGAGGAAGAAGAUUUGAUGGCGUUCUAUGGGUCCGAAUCCGGGUGGGUCGAAGCCCGUACCCAUUGCGAUCAUUUGGAUACACUCUCAUCGGAUCUAACCCACAUUCCGACACCAGACACUCCCUGUAACAGGUGCCAACAUCCAGCUGAGAAUUGGAUGUGUUUAAGCUGUAAGGAUGUUUUGUGUAGCCGAUUCAUCAACAAGCAUAUGCUCGAGCAUUAUCAACAACAAAAUCAUAGUGUAGCAUUAAGUUACAGUGAUCUAUCAGUUUGGUGUUUUUCUUGCAAUUCGUAUUUGGAUGCUGAGGUUAUCCUUCCUCUUCGUUCUGUUCAUGAAACUGCUUACAUAUUGAAAUUUGGUGAAGCUCCACCAUUUCGGACUAUUGAAUGUUUGGAAGUAGGAGAUAACAAAGUAAAUGGCUCCACAUCAGGAAAUUAGUAGUCUUUCUUCUUUUUGUGAGGAUGAGGUUAUAUUCGAAAUCUUGUUUUAUGCUUAUUUUAUAUGAAAGUAUCUAAAAAAAACUCUUGGAUGGGUUUUACUUAAGAACGAAAAUGAUGUGUCUUGCCAUUUAGACUAUAUAUCACAUGGAGUGAGGAGGGCAUUCAUGUUUUUUGCACACGAAAUAUGAACACUGUUGACUUUUUUUUUUUGGAUGGGACAAAAAUUGCAAUUUUUGCUCGUCUAAAUUCUGUUUUGUUUAUUGGAAAAGCCAAGCAAAUCGAUACAAUAUGCAAAUGGAUUUGUUUAGUUUCAUCCAUUUCUCGUUUCAAAUUUAAAC